AUGUUGAAUACUCCGUGGAUCUGCGCCCGGUGUCUGGUGCGAUCAACCAGGGCUGCGCGACAGCCGCAAUUCCUCCUACAACGGCGGAGAUUGAACACAAGUAUAGACACAGGCCUGUCUCCGGCUUUACUCACCCGAGCCCGCUCGCUCGCCGCCGAGCACAAGUCGCUUUCGGCCAAACUAGAGGACUCCUUCGAUGCGAAAACCGCGAAACGCAUAGGUGAACUAGCGGCGAUAACAAAAGUGCUGAAAGAAUGGGAUACUGCGAACGAAUCGAUUGCGGAGCUGAAAUCCAUGUUGGAAGACCCGGACACCGAUGGGGAGCUCAGAUCGCUUGCGGUCGAAGAUCUAGAGAGCAGCAAGAACAACCUCCCAGUACUAUCGGAUAGCCUGAAACAAGCCCUCGUGCCUCGUCACCCCUUUGCCGAACUCCCCUGUCUUCUCGAAAUCCGCCCAGGUGCCGGUGGGGAUGAGGCUGGCCUCUUCGCCUUCGAGCUUCUGAGGAUGUACACCGCGUUCUGUUCGCGAAGAGGCUUCCGUUCCAGUGUCAUCAAGCUCGAUGUCGCAGACGGUGCGGGGGACGAUCGAUUGACCGAGGCAAUUUUAGAGGUCGAAGCGAACGGGGCCUACGAUGUUCUGCGGACGGAGUCUGGCGUACAUCGGGUCCAGCGGGUCCCGGCUACGGAGUCAAAGGGACGGACACACACGAGUGCCGUGAGCGUGAUGGUGCUCCCCAGUUUCCCAGACAGUGGAGCUGGCAGUGAUAGCGCGUUGAACGUUGACGAUCCGAAUAGCGACUACUACGUGGACCCGCAAGAAGUUCGAAGCGAAAAGAUGCGCGCAGGUGGCGCCGGCGGACAGCAUGUCAAUAAGACGGAGUCUGCUAUUCGUCUAACGCAUAUUCCGACAGGCAUUGUGGUGUCCAUGCAGGACUCGCGAUCGCAGCAUGCGAACCGCAAAAAGGCGUGGCAGAUUUUACGCGCUAGGCUGGCCGAGGCAAGACAGGAGGCGCGAGAGCAAGAGCUAGUAGAGCUAAGAAGAGGUGUAAUGGGUGGUGUCGCUCGCAUGGGGCGCGGCGAUAAGAUCCGUACGUACAACUAUGGCCAAAGCCGGUGUACAGAUCAUCGAAGUGGCACCACCAUACACAACCUAGACAGUGUGUUGGACGGCGGUGACGGCCUGGAAACCGUGAUGGACAGUGUGCGGACAUGGCUUGUUGAUCAGGAGGUUGCAGCUAUGGCUGCGGAAGAUCUGGCGAAAGAUGAGGCCGCAUCUCGUUCCUUGAAACGAUCUGGUCUCCCAAGUGAACGUAACGCGUGUUUCUGGCCACGCCUGUCCAAGUAG